AUGCAGUGGAAAGCGCGAGGGCAGCGCUGCCCAGAAGAGCGCAAUGCAGCGAUACGGCGGGCAGUCACAAUCGGGGGGUCGUCGGGACCCAAUGUUUCCACGUCGGGCCAAGGUAUCCGUAGCUGCUGCGACUGGAGUUUGUGCGAUCCAGGUUAG